AUGAACUUGUCAUGGUGCUCCUUGCUUCUGCUGGUCGUUUUUGCAGCAGAGUUGGCACUGGCCGCGGUUGUUGAUGAUGCGGUACAAUUUGAUCCCAAAGACAUUAAGAUGACCAUAAAGAGCAGAAAUGGGGAAAUAAUUGACUGUGUUGACAUCUACAAGCAACCGAGCCUGAAUAACCCCUUGCUGAAGGACCUGAAACACCAGAUAAUGAGGGAUAUAGCCAGCGCCGUGGCUGGGCAACAAGAUGGGAAUACACGGGCGACGACGGUGGAGCAGGAAUGGCACAAAGGCACAAGGCAAUGCCCCAUGGGGAGCAUCCCCAUCCUAAGGACGAACCCCUCCGUUAAUUACCUCACAGGAAGUCUUUUCCCAUCGCCGCUACGUGCAGCUAAUAUUAGCACUUGGAGUGGCGCUGCCAAUGCGGCCGGCCCCAGAUACGAGUUCGCCGUAGCGAUUGCUGCCAACGGGCCGUACAGCGGAGCGUAUGUACAGCUGCCGGUGUGGAAGCCGGCGCGCGUCCACGGCUCGGAGUACACCGCGACCUACCUCCUCCUGGCCGGCACCAAGGACACCGAAUUCGACCCUACACCCGGCGUAUUACCGCCCGAUGUCACCAAUCAGAUAGCAGCUGGCCUCUUUGCUUAUCCAGAAAAAGACACCAAUCCUCGGUUAAACAUAUUCUAUACGGCCGAUGGCGGUAAGACUCUGUGCUACAACUUGAACUGCGGAGGGUUCGUUCAAACAAGCAGGGCCAUCGCCCUGGGCGCUAGCAUCGUCAAUGGUGCAUCCGGUGUAGAUGAUCCCGUACCAUACUUACUAGUUAGUAUAGAAAAGAGCGCUGCUGGGCCUUGGCAUGUGCUGGUGAACGACACGGACCUCGGCUACUACCCUCGGGCCAUUUUCCCGUGGUGGAUGUUCCCUGAGUCUGUUGCCAACCUGAUGGGUGGCACGGUGCUCAACACAUGGCCGGGCGGCAAGCACACCGACACCGUUGUGGGCAACGGACGACGGCCACCCAGGGACUCCAAACCUGCUAUCGUCAAGGGUUACGUAGCUGUUGACCUCGAUGGACACCCCUUCCCCGACACUCUGGAAGUCAUUGUCCACACUGCGCCCAACUGCUACGACGUGAAGUUCUUCGACCAAAGCAAUGGCAGCGUGGGUGCCAGCGUUGCAUUCGGCGGAUCAGGUGGACCGGACUGUGCUCCGCGGCCCGCCUAG